AUGACAAAAGAACAGUUGGUAUCGUCGAGCAUAAGCCAAACCUCCUCUUCUAUAGGUGCGGCAACUGAACAAAAAGAACAAAUGGAACUGCAGCAGCAGCUGCAGCUGCAGCAAAGGCAACUGCUAGACGUUGAAGGUCAACGACUGCAUAAAUAUUUCAAAGAAUCAGAUGCAGGUGAUGGAACAAAACGAGAAGAUCAAUAUAUUCACGGUUCAAGGUUGAUCUUGUGUUUUAUUUCCCUAUUUCUUUGCUUGUUCUUGUUUGCAUUGGACCAGACUAUAGUUGCAACUAUAUUAUCCACAGUAGGAAAUAAGUUCAACUCGUUUGAAAAUAUAGGAUGGUUAUCGUCGGGGUUUUUAUUAACUAUGGCUGUUUUCAUUCAACCAUUUGGUAAAUUGUCAAUUAUUUUUGGUAGGAAAUGGACUAUGGUUGCCGCAGUGGUUAUCUUUGAAGGAGGCUCAUUAAUGUGCGCUUUAGCUCCUUCGAUGAAUGUCUUAAUCGGUGGAAGAGUCUUGGCAGGUGUUGGUGGAGCUGGUAUUCAGGGAUUGACGUUUGUUAUUGUUUCUGAAGUUGUUCCUAUUGCCAAGAGACCAAUUGGAUUGGCUAUCAUGUCGGUGACAUUUGCCGUGGCUUCGGUUUUAGGACCUUUGAUUGGUGGUGCAUUUACCACGAAUGUUAGUUGGAGAUGGGCAUUUUAUAUUAAUUUGCCAGUUGGUGGAUUUGCCUUGGUGGUGUUUUUGUACUCGUUUAGGCCGCCAACUCCAAGAGGCAACUAUUUGAAACAGUUGGGCGAGUUUGAUUAUUUAGGGACUUUUUUGUUGAUUUCUGGAAAUGUUUUACUCUUGUUGGCUUUAACUUUUGGUACCUCGGAUUUUUCGUGGGAUUCUGGUGCAGUUAUAUCGUGUUUUAUUCUUGGUCCUGUCUUGUUGAUAUUGUUUUGCAUUUGGAAUUUCAAAUAUUCCAAGAAUCAAAUUAUUGCAACCGAUGUUGUAACUUGUCCGCAAAUCAUUGCUUCAACAUUAAGCAUAGGAGGAGUGUUUGCUGCAUUCAUUGUCACUAUGAUUUAUGCAGCCGUUUAUUUUCAAGUCAUUAGAGAUUCAAGCGCAAUGGGCGCGGGAUUGCAUUUACUUCCCUGUAUCAUUGCAGUUGUUAUAUCAUCCAUUGUCUCAGGUGCCAUGAUCCAAAAGUUCAAAUAUGUCAAGCCAUGGAAUGUCUUUUCUGGAGUGUUGGCGCCUAUAGGAGCAGGAUUGCUCACGUUGUUACGUGUCGACUCGUCCUUUUCAAAACAAGUGGGAUAUUUAAUAAUAUUGGGUGUUUCAACAGGAUCUCAAAUGCAGCCUUCUUUUGUGUCGGCUCAAAUCAAGGCUCCAAAAACACCAGGUGGUACAAUCAUGACUACAAUUUUCUUGAAUUUUUUCAGGUGCAUAUUGUCCGCUAUUGCAGCAACACUAUCCGAUGCUGUAUAUACAUCAUCGUUGAAGAACAAUUUUCAUAAAGCUAUGGCACUGGCCAGCUCUCAGAUUCAACAAGACUUGGCGAGGAUCGAUAUAGAAAGUCUUAUGUCAUCAAAUGAAAUAAUCAAGACUUUGGAGCCACAAGCUCAAACUUUUGUAAAGGAACAAAUGAUGAAGGCAAUUGUUAAUGUGUUUUAUAUGUGUAUUGGAUUUGCCGUGAUUACCACUCUAGCUUGUCCAUUUAUCACGAAUCAUAAGUUACCUAAUAUGGCUGAUUUGGAAGAACGAGAGGAAAUAAAUAAGGAACAGGAAAUAAAUAAAGGAGAGGAAAUAACUAAAGGAGAGGAAAUAACUAAUGAAGAGCCAGAGAAAAAGUCUAUUGAGGAAACUCCUGUUAAAUCGGAUGAAGCGCAAUUGAGCAAUGAGUCUAAUGAAGUUGGUACUAAAUAG